UUAGCGAAAGAGUUUUUUUGUGAAACUAUAUCUUACUCUCUUGAUAAUCUAUAAAGCUCAAGUCUGUUUACAAAGUAUUAACUUGUGAAACAUGAGUAGAAACAAUGGUCAAAAUGCGAGUACAAAAUCAUACACGAAAAGUGAUAAAAAGAUUAAAACCGAGAUAAACCGGGAUAGUAACACUUCAGAGGGCUCCAAUUUAGAUUCAGAAGAUCAAGAGGUGGAAAAAUUCAAUUCGGGAAAGAGAAAGCACGAGGUUAUUCCUCUGUUAGUAUCAAAUUUCCCAGAAAAUUAUGGUUUGGUAAAGAUGACUGAUUUCUUGGUGAAAAAGUGCGGGCCAUGUGAAGUCAGCUUAUCUGAGAAUGGGGACAAGAAGGUAGUUGAGGCGAUUUUUGGAAGUGCAGCUCUUAGGGAGAAAGCUAAGAAAAUUCUAGGUUCGCAGUCUAUUGAUAAAGUCCACAUAAGGGUGGAGUCACCAAUAGUACAAGUUUAUGACUCAGACUUGGAAGAAAAUGAGCAACCACAAGCUAAAAGGAAAAAGGAAGCAGAUGAAAAACCAUGGGGUCUUGAUAUGGAUGUGUGGAGGCCGGACCCCAAAGGCUAUUAUGGGGUCAGACCCCAGUACUUAGCCUCCUUGGGUAUAGAGGGCUCACUUCAAAACUGGGUUUUGGUAAAAAAUUUCCGGUGCUCCAAAGAGGACCUAAAGGAGGUGCUGACCCUGGCGGGUGAAGUGGUAGUGUGCGUGGUCACAUUCGCUAACCCCAACUCGUACGCUCGAGUCAUGUACAGGCACCCGCUCGAAGCCUUACAGGCUGUUUCCAUGUUAAAUAAUCAAAAAUUCCAUGGUGUCCCUCUAAUAGUCCGAAUAAUAAAAACUAGUUGCACCGGCAUCUUACCUAAAGGCCUCAACAGCAUCGGCCCAGGCUUGGCUAAAAACGGAACACCUCUAAGAGACAUCGUCAGGCAUUACGAAAGAUUUGUCAAAGGCCAAAACACUGAAUUAAAUAGCAGCUUAUUCAGAACCCCAAAAGAACAAUGCCUUCAUGAUGAAGACACUUAUUCAAAGGGCGAUGACGAUAAGAGAAAAGCGAAAGAAGCUUUAGAAACGCUGGUUUCUUUGGUCGCUCAAGGCAUGAAAGUAGACGAUUUAAUGACGGUACUGAAAUCAAUUAAAGGCAACCAAAACGUUAAUUCUAUAAUCGAGAGUCUUAAAGAAGACAAUAAACCAUCCACACCCGAUUCCCAAACUAGUAAAAAGGAAGAUAAGACAAAUUCGUCUUUAGAAAAGAAAAGGAAGAGCCAGCCCAGUCCUGUAAGCUCUAGUGGCGGUUCGAGGUCACCAAGUCCAGACGCUAAAACUACUAAAAAACCGCCAGAGAACGCUAAAAAAUCCCAGCAAAUUUCUACGAUCACCAAUCGAUCUAUAAAUGCUGUUCGAUCACCUGCACCUGUUAAACCUUGGUCGAAGCCUGCACAGCCUCCCGCCCCAGGAACCACUUCUUUCAAAGGCGGACUUAAUAAGCCGGGACCUCGGGGUCCUAUGUCGGGGCCGGUGCGUCCACAGGGUCCGAUGUUUAAUGCGGGAAUGACGGGCCCUAUAGGCCCCAUGGCUGGUCCUAUGGGUCCAAUGCCAGGUCCCAUGAUGGGUCCAAUGUCCGGUCCCAUGUCCGGUCCCAUGUCCGGUCCGAUGUCAGGACCAAUGGUAGGGCCAAUAGCCGGUCCAAUGUCCGGUCCGAUGAUAGGCCCUAAUUUCUCUAUGCCGGGACCUGCACAGAAUUCGUUUGGACCUAAUGUACCAAUGGGUUCUAAUGUACCAUCAACAGGAUCGGAAGCGAAAUUGCAGUUUAGUAACUUGCCCCCGUCGACCACAUUCGCGCUGCUAAGCGAGAAACUGUCUCAAGUUGGUCAGCUGCUGUCCAUACAGUUCACGACGCCAGGCUGCGUGGUCGCCAUUUUCGCUCACAGAGAGCACGCGGAGAGAUGUCGACAGCAAUUCGACCAAUCGCGAUUGGAAGGAAACCUGAUCGACGUCAGAUUCAUCUAAAACUGUAAGUAUGUUGUUGACG